CGCCCAGCCACGGUGAGGGCAGGCGACCGCGUCCCGAGGGGAGGCGGUCCGCGCCCCGCCAACCGCCCGGGCCCCGCCCUCGUUCCCUGGGAGACGGCGACGCCGAGCCGCGGGCGACAUGGCGGCGUCGGGGCAGGAAGAAGACCAAGAUCAGGAUGCCAAAGGUGGAAAGAAGAUUAUUAAUCGGACAUUUCUUCCUCUUUCCCAAAUUACUGCUUUGUCAGAACAAGAUGUAGAAGGAGUUCAAAAAAAGCUGGAAGAAUUUCUGAAUUUUAAACAGUUAAAGACUUCUUUGAAAGAAGCUAUUUUGCUAGAUUAUUAUACUGCAGGAUUUUGGUGGGCUAAAGAAAUGAACUUCAGUCUUAUACAGCUCUCAGGAUUCAUGGAUCUAUUAAAUUUCCUGUUGGAGAACCUCAGUGACAAACAUAUGACCUUAGGAGAUAAUUUAAAAGAACUUGGAAGAGCAAUGGCUGGAAUAGGAGAAACGGAUUCAGAAAGAAGCGGUGACUUGAAUUUCUUCAGCAUUGAGGAAGCCAAAGCAAUCAUCGAUUACUUAAAUAUCAGCUUAUUUAAACACUAUAAACUAUAUGAAUACCUCUUCCACAGUCCUGGAGAAGAAUUUGUGAUAAGUAACGAGAAUGUGAUUGAACUUGCCCAACCUGCAGUUCCCCCUGUCCCUGCUCUGCUGGAAGAAGGCAUACCUUUGGAUAUCUGUUCGUCAUUCAUGAUAUCGCCAACAGCUGCAGAGCCAGAAUCUAAGGAUUCUGAUCAAGAGGGUUACCUGGAAGAGCCCUGUCCAGAGGUAGAGUCCUUCGAGGCAGAUGCAGUGCCCGGUGUCACUGCUGAAGAUCAGAAGUCCACAGCGUGUGAAAUCCCAAAUGAAAUUGUUGGCAACCUUGAGGCAGAGAUAAAUGAAAAGCUGCAAAUGCAAGCAGCAGCUUAUACUUUGAGAAAAGAAAAAUUAAAAAGUCCUAAAUAGCCAGAUAAGAAAGGUGAUGGUGGAUUUUGCAGUAGGGGAUGGCGCACACAGAAGACUGGCUCCCUGCCUGAACGUAAUUAUUUUUGUAUAAAGAAAAAUGGUUCUGUUAGCAUUUACCUAGAUAGAAAUAGUUCAUCCUAGUUCCUCAGAUUUACUGUGUUCUGCCAGUGUUGUUAUUUGUUUAAACUUAAGUAGAAGAUUAUAAACAGAAGGAUAUGUAAUUAAAACAUGUUGAAGUUCAGUUUAUUUCUGAACAGAAAUCCUAAUUUAAAAAAAAAAAUUGCUGUAGUUUCAUUCUCUUUCCUUUUUCCAGUUGUGAAAUAUUUAACAGUUUCUGCUUUACACCUAUGGGGUUUUGUUGGGAUAUUUUGCUAGAAAGAGAGAAAUCAUCGUUUCGAGGCACUGCAGAUAUAAUAAUGAGAGAAUUUAAUUAACAUGUAAUUACACACUUUUCACUAUAGUUAUUCAUUAUUAAUAUGUAUGUUAUUUCAUUUUAAAUUGCUUCCUAACUUUAAAACAAAUUUAAUAUCUUACACUUCUUUAUUUCCACCAUAUUAAAAUUGCAUAAAUGAAGAGCUUGCCCUUUUACACUAUUCCCAAGAAGAGUUCCUUUUGAUUUCAGUGGAAAUUUUUCUGGAAUGCAUGUAAUCUUUCAUCUGAGAAUGUUUCCAUAUUUUGUCAGACGUUAUAGAAAUGUUUCAAACUCAAAAGGAAUCUAACCAAAUAAAUGACCUCAGAAGAACCGGUUUAACAUCUAUGUUUCAAAAUCGGAGCCUGUACUAAUUGUUGUGUUACAGCACUCUGUGCCCUAGAAAGCAUGUUGAAUACAAGUCACGCUUUCAAGCAUGAAGGCUGGUUUG